UCUCUCUACCUCUGGAGUUAUAAAACUCACACACUCAGUUGGGCGUUUUGAAGCAAACGGGACGAUAAAUUACUUCAUCACACCAGCAUCAUCAAACACAGCACACUGGGGGGGGGAGGAAGAACUGUUCGGGGAAUGCGUCUCGGAAACAACAGAGCUUUACCCGAGAAGCAGCCAAAGUUUGAGCUUUGAACUACGAGACCAGAACAAUUUGAAGCAGGACAGGCCUGCAGCCAUAGAAUCCCAGCGAAGAUGCCAUCAUCGUGCUGGAUGGUGGCUAUGGCCAAACUGCUGUUAUUGCUACUGUUGUCCAGGGGGCUUUACGCAAUUGAAAUCCCUCUAGAUUUGAAGCAACCCCCCACUAUCACCAAGCAGUCCGUAAAGGACCACAUCGUGGACCCCCGGGACAGUGCCGUGGUGGAGUGUGAAGCCAAGGGCAACCCUAUGCCAGUAUUCUCCUGGCGGAGGAACGGGAAAUUUUUCAACCCAGGAAGGGACCCACGUGUGUCCAUGCGGAGGAGAUCGGGAACGCUGGACAUCGCUUUCUACAGCGGCCUGGACCCCGAGGACUAUGAAGGGGAAUACCAGUGCUUUGCUACCAAUGACUUUGGCUCAGCUGUCUCCAACAAGAUCUUACUUCGAGUCUCAAAGUCUCCGGUUUGGCCCAAGGAGUUCCUGGAGCCAGUAGCUGUGAAUCAGGGCCUUCCGCUGGUCCUGCCCUGCGAUCCCCCGCCUAGUGUGCCCCCGCCUCACAUCUUCUGGAUGAACAGUUCUAUGAUGCCCAUAGUGGAAGACCGGAGGUUGACCGUUGGGUUGAAUGGAGACCUGUACUUCUCCAGCAUAACUGUCAAUGACACACGGACCACCUACAGCUGUAAUGCUCGCUUUGCACAGACAAUCCAGCAAAAGAGCCCCUAUACCAUCAAAGUGCUCACCACGCGGCUGGUAGCCGAAUCAGUACCGAGCUUCCUGUUUCCUAAAGGAACAGCCAGCUCCAAAGUGGUCCUCCGGGGGAAGCCACUGAUCCUUAUGUGCAUUGCUGCUGGAGUUCCCACGCCAACUAUAACUUGGUCCAAGAAGGUUGGAGACCUCCCUCGGAGAAAGUUGAGGCUGGAGAACUUCAAUAAGACUCUGCGCAUCACGUCCAUGUCAGACGAUAAUGCCGGGGAUUACAUCUGCACAGCCAGCAACAGGAUGGGCGCCACCAGUCACACCAUAACCGUCCGGGUUCAAGCAACUCCUUACUGGGCAAACAAACCAGAAAAUCUGGUGUUGACUUCUGAGGACAAUGGGAAAUUAAUAUGUCGGGCCAAUGGCAUCCCAAAACCUACCAUCCAGUGGCUGGUCAAUGGGGAGCCAGUUGACAGUGUCCCACCAAACCCGCGGAGACAAGUGGCAGGCGACACACUUAUCCUCCGAUCUGUGCAGAUAGGAGACAGUGCUGUAUACCAGUGCAACGCCUCGAAUGAGCACGGCUACUUGCUAGCUAAUGCCUUCAUCAGCAUCCAGGAGGCGGCACCGCGCAUGUUGGGUCCCAGGAACCAGUUGGUGAAAGUGAUGGAGAACAACCGCACCUUCCUGUACUGCCCCUUCUUUGGAUCUCCUCUACCUGAACUGCGCUGGUUCAAAGACGGACAGAUCGUUGGCCGGGAUGGUGGUCACUACAAAGCGUAUACCAAUGGCACCCUGGAGGUCAGACACGCACGUUUAGAUGACCAGGGCACCUACACCUGCGUGGCCAACAACCGCCUAGGCAAGGCUGAAAAUCAGGCUCGCCUAGAGGUCAAAGAACCCACCCGAAUUACGCGCCCACCUGAACACCUGAGGGCAAUCCGUGGCAGCACGGCCCGCUUUGAGUGUCGUGCCAAACACGACCCGACGCUUCCCAUCACUGUCACUUGGAAAAGGAACGGACGGCUCCUUGUGCUGGGCUGGAGACUCCAGAAAGAGGAUGACUUCCUGGCCAUCUCCAGUGUCCGCAGGGAGGACGAGGGCAACUACACCUGUACCGUGAGGACGGAACUGGACAGGGCCUCAGCCUCAGCUCGGCUCGUUGUGCUGGAUCGUCCUGACCCUCCGACAGACCUCGAGUUAUCGGACCCUACGGAACGCAGCAUUAGAAUUACGUGGACCCCAGGAAAUGACAACCACAGCCCUACAAAAGAGUACCUGGUACAGUAUGAGGAGGACUACUGGGAACCAGGCAGGUGGAAGAACCUUUCAAGUUACCCUGGCAACCUCAACUCCGUCAUCCUGCCCCUCUCACCGUUCAUCAACUAUCAGUUCCGGGUGUACGCCAUCAACGCCAUUGGCUGGAGCAAACCAAGUCGACCAUCUCAGCGUUACCAGACGAGUGGUGCUGCACCUGAUGCUGUUCCGGGGAACAUCAGAGGGGUGGGCACGUGGAAGACCAGGAUGGAGAUCCGAUGGGAGCCUUUGGAAGACACCCAGAGGAACGGGCCCCACCUUCGCUAUAUUGUGUGGUGGCGACGGAGAGAUUCGCGCGAGGAAUGGAAGAACAUCACCACAUACUGGCUGAGGCACAUCAUCUAUGACACGGACACAUUCACACCAUACGAGAUCAAAGUGCAGGCCGUCAAUGACUUCGGUCUGGGUCCUGAGUCCAACGUGGUCAUUGGCUACUCCGGGGAGGAUCGCCCCAUUGCAGCCCCUACAAACCUGCGGGUGUCCAAGACGGACAGCACCAAGGCAACAGUGCACUGGACCCCAGUGCCUUCAAAAACCAUAAUGGGCCUACUCAAGGAGUACAAGGUGUACUACUGGAGGGAAAGCAGCCAGCUGAAGUGGCUGAGCGUGAGCCGAGAGAAGAAGAGCAAGGGCUUCAACGUUACGGGACCCCAGCCCUGGGGUGUACUCACGGGCCUCGUCCCCUACAGUAACUACAAGAUGCACAUGGUGGUGGCCAACAGCCGUUAUGAGGGGCCUGCCAGCAGCACUGUCGAGUUCCAGACGAAGGAAGGAGUUCCAGCUCCACCCAGAUUCUUCCGAAUUCAGCAGAGACACAUGGACACCCUCUACUUGGACUGGGACAGGCCUGCAGAACCCAAUGGUAUCCUAACUGGAUACACACUGAAGUAUCAAGUAGUGAACGGGACUAGAGGGGGGCGCACACAGCUGGACUUCCCCCCCAACACCACUUACUAUUCCAUGAACCGACCUGACCGCUACACCCGGUACCGCUUCUCGCUGGCAGCACGCACUCAGGUGGGAGUCGGGGAGGCCGCGGUGGAGGACUCUCCGCUGUUCACAAAUGAAGCUUACACCAGGGAGCAGGUGGACAUCGCCACCCAGGGCUGGUUCAUUGGAGUGAUGUGUGCUAUUGCUCUGCUGGUAGUCAUCCUGCUCAUUGUAUGCUUCAUCAAGAAGAGCCGUGGAGGGAAGUACCCAGUUCGGGAUAAGAAAGAUCUUCCAUUGGACCCAGUUGAUCAGAAGGAUCAGGAUGGGUCUUUCGACUAUCGGUCUUUCGAAAGGAUAAACCGUGUCCCUACUCUUCCUUAUUCCAAACGCGACGAGGACAACAAGCCACUGCAGGGAAGCCAGAUGUCCCUGGACGGCAUGGUGAAGAUGCAGGAGAGCGACGACAGCCUGGUGGACUACGGCGAGGGUGGGGACGGCCAGUUCAAUGAGGACGGCUCCUUCAUCGGCCAGUACGCCGGGAGGAAGGACAGGGAUGAGAACGAGGGCAACCUGGGCUCGGAGGCCACCUCCCCCGUCAGUCCCCUCUAUUCCCUGGCAUAGUUCAACACCUGGGGAGGCAUCGCUGAUGCCUGUGCCGCGAGACCUGCUGCACCGCCCAGAAAGACUACCCUGCUUACGAGACAUACGUAUCCCAGACCGGCACUGAAUUGCCACAUGGGUCCACACAAGACGAGGCUGAUCCACACACUCGUCACAGCGACAUAAAGCAACGUGAGACUGAAGCCUGUUUGCCUUGGGGUUCAGGUGUUGUCACUCAUCUGUAAAAAAACAGGUCUGAUUAGUCAAUCUCGUCCCAUUAUGAGCAGUUCUCUGCAUGGCUGGUCUGGGAACUCACGUGCGGUACAGUCUGAUUCCAAGGACAACCACCCCCCUCCCCGGAUAAAACACAACAAACACCACUGACAUCAUAAACCGAAGACUCGGCUAUGUUUCUGUUUGUAGUUAUGUUGGUUUCAUUAACGGAAUAAUUGCUGGUGGAAAACUGUACUUGGUUUAACACAUUACAGAUAACGUAUUACUAUUGUGUUUCCGCCUCUGAACCGGCUGUGAUCUCGGUCUUUCUCAAAAUGUACUUUGUUCCCGUAUAAAACACUUUACCAAAGCGAAUCCAGGCAGUGUGAUUUUCCACUGUGGGGAGAAAUACAUAAUUGUAUCUUGAAAUUAUGUUUUGUCAUUGCCCAUCUUUUAUCUACUAUUACUUUAUUGUGCUCCAAUUACUUUACGAACCAUUGCAUUUUGACUUAUUGCAUAGCAUAUUUGUAUUUGUGAAGUCGUGAAAACAACAUAUCGUUUUUUUAUUUGUUUCUUUUUUAAAUUUGUAAGCGCUACAUGACACCAUUAAUGGAAUGAAUUGCAUUCGUGUUUUAAUACUAUAGGAUGAGAACUUUUUGGCUCUAUUCAGUCGCCGGUUCAGUUAGACGUGCAAAUAAACCAGGAUGAAAUUCUGUUGAACUGCUUUCUAACACACAUCAUAUUCCUCAGGUACAGAGUCGUUCAUAAGGUGUAUCUUUGCGAGAGAACCUUCGAGAGCCGCUGUUGAUCCUUCUUGCUAAGCUUUUAUUGUCACUUUUCUUCCGGUCACGCUCGGACGCACUCGAACCCUACUCUCCUCGGCCAGCGCUCUUCCGUUUCCUUAUCCCCGCCACACCUACAGCUCCCGCGAUACCAUCCUCGGUAAACAGAGGUCAGAUCUCGC